AUGAAGGUCUCCGCAGUCCUCCUGUGCCUGCUGCUCACCGCUGCCACCCUCAGCACCCAAGUGCUCGCCCAGCCAGUUGCAAUAAAUAGAAACAUCUGCUGUUUUAACUACAUCUCAAAGAAGAUACCUAUGAAGCUCCUGGACACCUACAGCAGAAUCACCAACAGCCGGUGUCCCAAGGAAGCUGUGAUAUUCAAAACCAAAGGGGGCAGGGAGAUCUGUGCUGACCCCAGUCUUGAAUGGGUCCUGGAUUCCAUGAAGCGCCUGGACAACCAAACCCACAAUCCGAAGCCUUGA